UCAGGAAAUUAAAGUUAAAGGUUUAUGCUGCUCUGGUGAAGUAUCAGCCAGUCACUGCUUUGAAUGUUGUGAUUUAUCCGAGGAAUUUUCUUUCAAAUGUGAACAGAUCUCCCAAAUUAAUUAUGCAAAGGAAGAAGUUUUCAGUUGGGAAACAACAGAAGAAAAGUGCAUAAAGUCAGAAAUGCCUAGUAAUUCAGGUGGUGUUGCUCCUACUUCCUUGGAGCGUUGUGCUAAUGAAAACCUGACAGCCAACAUGAGGAAAAAUAUAGAAAUGGCCAUUGAAAGAACUUUGAAAACAGAUGAUAACAUGGAAUUGGAGAAUCGAGUAUUGAUUAGUCAGGGACUUGAGGGGACAAAAAGUGAUGGUGGAUUGGCAGCUCCUCCUGAUGUAACUAGUGCACUUGAAAAACUCAAACUUAAUUAUUUGCAAAUGAGGAAACAGUUAAUGAAUGGGACUGCUCUUGAUGAUAUCCCACCUCUCUCUUUGGAUGUGGUAAACAUUGGAUCAGUGGAAAAAUACGUUCCUUCUCAGAUCCUGACGGGUCAGCUUUCAUGUAAAAAUGAGAAAAGUAUUAGUGAUGAAGAAUGUUCUAGUUUGCCCACUCAGAAAGACACAAAAAGGGAAACUGCAGGUAUAAAUGUGGAACACAACGGACCCCUGACUUUACAGCUUAUGCAGAAAGAUGAAUCGUGUCCAAGUGCGGCUGAAGAUCUUAACAAGGAAAACUGUUCAAGUGAAGUUUGGUUUGAUGCUCUUGAGCAUCUUGAAGGUUUAGAUGACCCAGCCCACGUGGAGGCAGUGGACAUAAAGGAAUGUGAAGUGGAUACAUGUGUGGACAGAGAUGGCCUACAAGACUUUAUCUGUGUGGAAGGUGUUCCUGAGACAUUGUCUAAGAAAGACCUGAUGGUAUUAUUUGAAAAGUUCAACGCCUCUGAGGUUUUGAUGACUAAAGCUUCAUGUAAUUCAAGGUUAGCAUUCAUCCGUGUCAGUGAUACAAGCUUAGCAGAAACUGCAGUAACGGAAAUGGAUGGGAAGCGCUUGCAUGGUCGAACCAUUAAUGUAAGCAUCGUUAGAACUCUGGGAUAUAGGAAACACUCGGCUCUACAGAGUGAAAAUGGUGACGAGUAUGGAAUGAGAGACAAAAGGAUUUCUUCUUCCAAAUAUAUCCAUUCCUCUGGAGCAACAGUUGGUGCUAGUAUGGCAGUGAAGAGGCAACGACAGAAACUUUCAGAUGUAUCGAGAUCAUUGGAUGUGCUCUACACUGGUUAUGAAAGUUAUACUAGAAUUAUGAACAAGUUAGUUGAACUUCACCCAGAUAUUGAGCUUCAGAAGAUUACUGAAACACUUGCAAGCCUAAGAAAAGAAUUGAAAGGCUGCCUAUAUGGUUUAUAUUUGAGUAACAUUGUGGAAAUUGUAUCUGCAAAAUUGUACAAAUCAUUAGCUUGAAUUUAAAUUGUUCUGACUGCAUUAACCAUUUAUCUUAUUUCUGUUAUUUGAUAAUAAGUUACUUUUGUAGUGUUAAAAAAA